AUGAAUCGAUUCUGCAUGAAUCAAAUAACAGGGUCAGAAGCUAUUGGACACUCUGAUGAUGUAAUGCAGCAACCUAAAGUUGGAAAAGCCGGCCCAAAGGGUGAAAAGGGAAAUCCAGGAGAUCCUGGUACCGUAAAAUACACUGCUAUAGAAGAGACCAUUGAAAAUAAAAUAGAAGAAACUGAAAACCGGAUUAACGUGAAGAUCGAAAGAUUAGAACGGUUACUUGAAGAAGAAAAAAUGAAAAGCGAAGAAAGAUAUGACGAGAUGAAAAAUGUCACAGAUGAAAUAAUAAAAGAACGGCAACGCCGGAGCAUUUCAGGAUGUGAAGAGGUGUCGCAAGAUGAUGCAAAAUUGUGGGAUGGCCGUGGAGGAGUUUUUGAUAUUUAUCGCAACAAUAAUAAAUACGAAGUUUAUUGCGAUCUUACCACUGAUGGAGGAAAAUGGACGGUGUUUCAACGUCGAGUAGAUGGCACAGAAAAUUUUCAUCGUGUGUGGGAAGAAUAUGAUGACGGAUUCGGAAAUAAAACAGGAGAAUUUUGGCUCGGUCUUGAAACGAUUCAUCAAUUGACCAAGGAUGGAACUUAUGAACUAAGGAUUGAUUUGUCCGACUGGAAUAAUAAUGUUGCUUAUGCAAAAUAUAGUACUUUGAAAAUAAGUGGAAAAAACGAUAAUUAUCGACUGACCAUUUCUGGAUAUUCUGGGACGGCAGGAGACGCUUUAUCAAAUCAUAACAACAUGCAAUUCUCUGCUCCUGACAAAGAUCUGGAUAUUUGGAGUGACCAUUGUGCGAAAUAUUUAAGAGGUGGAUGGUGGUUUCGUGCUUGCAAACAUUCACAUUUGAAUGGAGAAUAUCUUAGAAGCCCGCGUGAUACCAAGGCUGCAGAAGCUGGAAUCAUGUGGCAUCAACGGAAAUCAAGUCAAACGAUGAAGACGUCGGUGAUGAUGUUGAGAAAAACUUAA